GUGUCUUCAGCCAGCAGGGAGGUUCAAACACUGACUUUUCAGAGUUAACGAUACGCGUGUGUCUCUCAGGCAGUGGACUAUGUGGAGGUGUCUGCAUGAACUACAAAUUAAAAUCUCCUUUAUCUAACUUUGAAGGCUUUCGGGACUCGCUUUUGGACACUUCAUCUGAACAUUGUGACAUGAUGGAUAACAAGGAAGAAUCAAAGAGUUUAGAGUCUGUCAGCGUCCUGACCUGGGAACAGGUGAGCCGGCUGAAUGAAGUUCUGACUGAAGUGGUACCCGUUCAUGGAAGAGGGAACUUCCCCACCUUAGAGGUGCGCCUCAAAGACAUUGUGGCCCGCGUGCGCUCCCGUCUGGAGCUGAGUGGGAUCCGGGUGAAAGAUGUACGUCUUAAUGGCUCCACGGCCAGCCACGUGCUGGUGCAGGAUAUAGGCUGGAGCUACAAGGAUCUGGACGUCAUCUUCAGAGUGGACCUGCCACAUGAGUCAGAGUUUAGGCUCAUUAAAGAUGUGGUUCUGGGUACUCUACUGGACUUUCUGCCUGAGGGUGUGAACAAGGAGAAAAUUACACCCAUGACUCUCAAAGAGGCUUAUGUGCAGAAGCUGGUGAAGGUCAACACAGAGCAGGACCGCUGGAGCCUCAUCUCCCUCUCUAACAAUAACGGCCGCAAUGUGGAGCUGAAGUUUGUGGACUCAAUACGCCGACAGUUUGAGUUCAGUGUGGACUCCUUUCAGAUUAUACUGGACUCCAUGCUCUCCUACUACGAGCUGGCACAGACGCCAAUGUCACAGGCCUUUCACCCCACUGUGAGUGGUGAGAGCAUGUACGGGGACUUCAGCAUGGCCCUGAGCCACCUGCGGAACAAGCUCAUUGCCACCAAGCGGCCCGAGGAGAUCCGUGGCGGCGGCCUGCUGAAAUACUGCAAUCUGCUGGUGCGGGACUUUCGACCGGCCAGUGAGGAGGAGUUUAAGGGCCUGGAACGGUACAUGUGUUCACGAUUCUUCAUCGACUUUCCUGACAUCGGCGAGCAGCAGCGCAAGGUGGAGGCCUACCUGCAAAGCCACUUUGUUGGUGAGGAGAAGAGCAAGUACGACUACCUCAUGAUCCUGCGGCGAGUGGUCAACGAGAGCACGGUGUGCCUCAUGGGUCACGAGCGGCGGCAGACCCUCCACCUCAUCUCUCUGAUGGCCUUCCGGGUGCUGGCGGAGCAGAACGCCAUCCCCAAUGCAUCCUGUGUCACCUGCUACUAUCAGCCUGCGCCUUAUGUUCGAGACCACAACUUCAGCAACUACUACGUGUCUAACCAGAACAUUCCAACAUGGCUGCCCUGUAACUGACAAAACAAGUGCCCGGAUGUGCAAGAGGGCACCGCUGCUGCUGCUUUUGAGGAGAGAGAAGGAAUAUUAAAAAAAAAACUCCCAAAAAAAUGUAUUAUUGAGGCAAUAAAUGUUCCACUCAAGGCACAAUUAUGUUAAAUGGACAAGUGUUUUGCUUUGUUUUUUUGGAAUCCUUUGCCAUUCCUUAUCUACAGAGUUGUCUUGGUCAUCAGAAAAAAAAGUGAUAUUUUUAAGUGUUUUGAUUUUUGUUUGUUUGGUUGUUUUCCCCAUUUAUCAGCUUUCUUCUUAAUGGAGUUGUGUUUUGUGCCUUAACCUCCAGGUUUACCCCUUCAAUCAUUUAAAGUAUGGGCUAUCUCUAUGAAGAAAGGGAAGAUGAAAAUGUAGCCUUCAAUUUGGUUUCGUCCUGUGAUUUAGAAAAAAGAAAAAAAAAGGUGAAAAGAAAAAAACUUAAAAAUAGUAUUAUUGGAGAAGGGGUAGUAAAAAAGGUGAUGGCCCAAAAAAACAAAGCACCAGUGUUAUAAAAAGUUAAGUUCACAUGGGCUCGAAGAAAAGGGGUACACUGUUAACUUUGUCCUCAUCAUAACUGAAGGGGAAGCAAGAGGAGUCAAUUUGUUUUAACACAUUUUGACACAUUAAUCUCUCACGGACAUUUGUGCUUUUCCUAAUAUGCCGACAGUGCCUGUUUUGUAAACAAUGCAAGAGAAAAUGUGCACAUUUUUAUUUUUUUCCACUGUGAAUUCAGUGUAGGACUAGCUCCCCUCCUCCCCCUUUAUCCAGUUUACUCAGCCCUAUGUUUUUCAGUCUGUUGAAAUCUAAAAUGAGGCAGUUUAGGCCUCAGAUUGACGGGCUCCUGUGUAUCUGAGGAGUUAAUAUUUCCCUAUGUUUUUAUGUCACUUCCAAAGCCUCACAGGGGACCUCAGGAUGCCACAAUUCUCUGGCUUCGUGGAAGGUAAAUUGACUGACAGGACAAUCAACUUAGGCCUUUUCAGAGAAUUAGCCUUGCCUUGUUGCCUGGUGCGAGAGCAAGCUGGGAGUCUUGGGAGUGACAGACUGACUGGCUGUCCCUUCCCUUAAAAGGAGCAGCACAUGGUUGGCCCCGCAGGGUCGUCCCUCACAACCAUUGCAGGCUCGACAGCAACCCUGAAAAGGGAUCCUCCUCUGACGCAGCUCAGUGACUGGCUCUCUAACUGCAGGCCUUCUAUAAUUAUCAUGCUUUCUUUUUUGCUUUCCUGGAGGAGGUACAGCAGCCGCAGCUCUUGUCACCUUACAUGUGUGGGAGCUGAAUCACUUCCUGUCCUCUCCUUUCCGGUGCCUGCUAGGACCACGCUAGUGUUUGAACCCCUUUUGUGGUCAUGGGAGGACAGACAGCAUGAAUUGGUAUGUUGAGAAACACGCCAGCAUGUCAGCUCCUCCUUGAGACUUAGAAUUAGAUUUAUCCUGGAAGGUACAACUGACAUGAGCCACGAGGCAAUGCACCAGCUGUGAAAGAGUGCCUCCACAAAAAUAAUCUCAGAAUUUCUAUUUCUAGCCAGGCCUAUUCUUAAUUUUGAAAACUUGCAGUGUCACAUGGGAAGUAGAUGGCCUAAGCUAUGACCUAAAGUUGUCAUCUCUCUUGACAUGAUGGCAACUUGUGCAAGUGGAAUCAGCUACUGGGGUGUUUAUUUCCCAGUCAAAGGGAGGGGUGCCUCAGUUCCUUAGAAAAACUCUCCUAUUCCUGCUCACUGCUUUUGCUACAUCUCGCUGCCUGUCUCACUGUUUACACCAGAUAACCGGGAGGUUCUCUUAUCUGGCUGGCCCACUGCCCCUGGCUGGUUAGAGAAUUUGUUAGAGGGAAGGUCGGCUCAGCCUCUUCUACAGGUCACACCCUGGGUCGGGGCAUUUCCACUGGCUCAGCGGCAAUAGUCAUUUAAACAGCAAAUAAGGUGCCACAAGUUGUUUCCCUCUGGACCAAAGUCUGCUUUGAAACCAGCAACUGAAACACUCAAGUGCCUUUGACUUAUUUGAAGAGUGAUUGAGCUUUUUUUUAAAGUUUUUUUUUUUUUUUUUUUUUUAAAUGGUGAUCAGGGGGGAAAGGGUUAGAUUAUUUCAGAACUUGGUGAAAUGGAAAAGUCACCACAGUAUUGGAUAAUAAUUAUGGGAGAAAACAUUCAGUUUUGGUUGGGAAGGAAAAUAAUUUUGGUUUGAAUUUUUGAGUUUUUCGGCAUUUUCUUUUUUUUUUUUUUUUUUUUUUUUUUUUCUUUUACCCUGUUGUAAGUUUUGUCCUUUUAGUUUCAGUCCCAACCUGUACUUUUCCUCAGAACCCAUCAGUCUAGUCAUUCCUGUCAGUUUUAUUUCCUUCUUUGUCUUUUCCUUCAAGUCAAGGCCUCGUCACUGGAAGCCAUGUUUAUUUCGGUCUGAUUCCCUUUGAAAUCCAACUAUCUUUCUAAAAUGAUGUUGUUCUGUUAUAGAUACACCUGCUCCAGAGCAACCUGGCUGAAAUUGUUAUUUUCUUCAUAUCUAAAACCAAAGCAAUACCUUGAGUGCACUGACGAGCCAUCCUGUGGCACAGUAGCUGGAGGUCGCCCAGCAGAGACCCCAUACUAACAGAAGCACUUUAAAGAGGCCUUGUUUUACUCCAAACCCAGCCACCUGAGAGGAAUGUAAAUAAGCUAACAUGGUCGAUUGCUGGAGGGAGUUUAGCUGGUUCUCAGGGACAUAAAUGUGUUUUUGAGGACUUCGUUUUGUCCCUUUUUUAUUUUCAGAGGAUAAAUUGGUUUAAUCGGCCGUUGUCACAAGAUGUCCGCUCCUGAUAUUCAUCUUGUCCUUUCCUCUUCUCUGUGUUUAUUGUAUCUGUUGUCGUCUUACCCAAACUGCAGGUUCUUACUAGAGUAGAUCCAGCAAACGUUGAGCUUUGCAGCCUGAGACUAGCACUAGGUAUGUAUCUGUGCAUUUUAUAUGCUUUUGAAAUGUUAUCAUCACUCAGUGGAUGUAGUCCCGCAAUAGAUGGAUUUAUCACCUUUUUUCUUGUUUUGAAAAACCAGCAAACAAAAUUUUGAUCUGGUGCUAAAAUCUAGCCAUCAUUCACCACAUUCAGGAGGCAGCCAUUUUCCUCUGACAUCACGCUCUUGCUGUUAUGUCGUCCUGUUUUUUCCGCUGCAAGUUCUAUGAACAUAGGUCAUCUGUUGAGUUAGGGGUGACAUUGAGCCAUAUUCCAGGUUAAAACACUUUUGAUAACCUAAUGGCUACCAAAGGACAUCAGCUAAUUUUAGCAUUUAGCCAUUCACCAGCUACUAUAACUGUCGGGAAGCAAGUGUCUGAAGGCUAACGUUACCUUUGAUUGUCGUUAACAAUACAGCAUAACAUGAGUAAAUUACUGCUUAGGGGAAUGUCUGCCAGGAUGUUGUUGAUUUCUCUUAUUAGCUGAUGGUAGUUAAUGAGUUAUCAAAUGUGUUCUGCAGAUUCUGAGACUGUUCACACCUUUCUAAUCAUGUUGAAUCAAACUUUCAAAAGUGAAUGUUAGCGUUGAGCUCAGUUUGUCAACCACAAAAAAAAUCGUAAGUAGAUAAUCCAUAAUCAAAUAUAUUGUUUUAACUUGAAAUAGGUCCCAGCGUCCCUCCUGAUGUUACCUACCGUAUAAAUUAUAUUCAUAGUCGUUGAAUGUUGUUGAUCCGUCAAAUUCAUAGAACUCAAAAACUCGACCUCAGCAGUCUGACAUUAUUUCACUAUUUGACUUGUGAUGGCAGAGGAAAAUGGCUGCCGUGUGAUUCCCUUUGUUGUGACAUUCUCUGAGUGAUGAUUGAACGUUUCUAUUAAAGCAUGGAGCCCCCCCCCUGCACCCUAUGCACGCUGAAGGCUCCCCGAUGCUAUGAGGACUUGUCUCCUCUUGGACUCCUUUUUUGACGUCGCUUACAAGAAUGACUUUGGAGCGAUGUCAAAGAAAAUGCAACAAAUAGAAAAGUGCAUUUUCUAGAAAACUGAUGUUGAACGCAGACGUCAGUCCCCUGCGUUCUUUUGAGUCCGCCCCGUUUACGGUUAUUGUGGCUUUUUUUUCCCCCCCUGACAACUGAAAAUGUGUACCUGCUGACGAAAGCUCAACUAAGCAGAUGAGAGGUCACUUUCUUUGUCAGGGUUUGAUGUAUGGAGGCAGAUUAUUCUGUGAAGGACGAAAUGUGUGUAAAGAAAAACAAAAAAAAGAAUGAAGUGUUUUUUGCCUUUGUGUUUAUUUUCUGGCCCCACUUUUCUUUCUCUGCUGUAAACCUGUCAGUGUUAUUGAUCCCGCUGCUUCUCUCACUCGCUUUGCCUUUGGUUGUCCAUAUUAUCUGGGCCUUUGUUUAUCAUUAGUAAAGAGUGUAUUUUUUAUUUAUGACACCUGUAGAUGUAUUCUUUGCCUGAGCGGGUGCAGAGCAAGCCGUGGAUUAGAUAUUUACGCUUGUCUGAAGUACAAGUCUUACACCAUAGGAAUGUGACCGAGGCCCUCUGGGAGCUCUCCUCCAGUUUCUAUAAAAAGAGUUGUGAAUCUAUUUUGCAGCAGAUUUGUAUUUACGUUAAUGUGUGGAUGUGUGUGUGUGUGUGUGCUUGUUUAUGUGCGUAUGAAGGGAUGCCUGUGGCUACACAAGUUUAAAAAAAAAAAAAAAAAAAAAAAAAAAAGUGGGGGAAAAUUAUGAAAUUUGUCGCACUAUAUAUAUAUUUUUGAAAUAGUUAAGAGCUUUUUUGUCAGCUUUGUGAUUGUGACGAUGAGUUUUGAUGGUUACAUCCAUGAUACUAUUUCAUUUUUCAGCACUUUUACCUCACUUGAGUUUUUCCUUUGAAUGGAAAUGUACAUGUACAUCAGGAAAAUGUGUUUGAAGAGGAAAUAAUGAAUAAAGAGUAUUAAAUGCA